AUGGCACUGCCAGACGCGUCCGCGCGCUUCUUCUGCGACGAGCUCGAGGACGACAGCGCGGCGCCCGGCGCGCCCUUCCACCCGCAGCUCCUCCCGACCGCACGUGGCGACCCACUGCCGCCGCCUUCUGCGCUCGCCGCGCACACUGUGACUCUCAUUGCGCGCAACGUCGUGGGCCGCCGGACGCUCGUGGCGACGCCCUAUGGCCCGCGUGCGCUGUGCUACGCAGACUUUACCGCCAGCAGCAAACCGCUGCACUGCAUCGAAGAGUACCUCGUGCAGGAGGUACUGCCGCUCUACGGCAACACACACACGACGACGUCGGCCACGGGGCUCCAGUCCACGUGCUUCCGGCACGAGGCGCGGCAGGUGGUCGCCCAGGCCGUGAACGCCAAGAUCACUGGGAGAGGCGCCGAGGACUGUGUGCUGUUUACCGGCCACGGGAGUACCAGUGCAGUCGUGACGCUCGUGGAGGCGUUGGGGCUCGCGCGCGACCGCUCGAAGACGACUGAAGCGGUCGUGUUUGUGGGUCCGUUCGAGCACCACUCGAACUUGUUGCCGUGGCGGGAGAGUGCGGCCGACGUGGUGACGAUCCGCGAGACGCGACAGGGACAGGUCGACCUGCACGCGCUCGAGCAGCAGCUGCAGCGCUUUGCCGAUCGUCCGCUGAAGAUUGGGGCGUUCUCGGCCGCGUCCAACUUGACGGGCGUGCGGACCGACGUGGACGCCGUGACGGCGCUGCUGCAUCAGUACGGGGCAUUGGCGUGCUGGGACUAUGCGACCUGUGCUCCCUACGUGGACAUUGACAUGAACCCGGUCGUGGCGGACGCAGCGCGCCGUCCGUUUGUCUAUAAAGAUGCUGUGUACUUUUCUGGACACAAGUUUAUCGGUGGACCCGGUUCGCCCGGGGUGCUCGUUGUCAAGAAGCGGCUGCUCACAAACGCUGUGCCUACGGUUCCUGGAGGGGGCACUGUGUUCUUCGUCACGGAGAACGACCAUCGAUACUUGUCAAACCGCGCCGAGCGGGAAGAGGGCGGCACGCCGGAUAUCAUUGGCAGUAUCCGUCUGGGGCUUGCGAUCGAGCUUAAGCAGCGAGUCGGCGCAAAGCACAUUAUGACGUUGGAACAACGCAAUGUCCGGCGUGUGCGUGAGGUGCUCAAUCAGAAUGAGCACGUUGUGCUGCUGGGACGCCAGGGCGAUCAAGUCGAGCAGUUGCCCGUGUUUUCGUUCCUCGUGCGGUUCGGCCGUCGCUUCCUGCACUACAAUUUCGUAUGCGCCCUGCUGAACGAUCUCUUUGGCAUUCAGACGCGCGGCGGCUGUCAGUGCGCUGGUCCGUACGCGACUCGCUUACUGGGUCUUGAACGUCGUGAUGUAUUGGCGCUCGAGCAUGCGCUGAUUGAGAAGAAGGAGAUGCUGCGCCCUGGAUUCACUCGGAUGAGCUUUCCGUAUUUCCUGAGUGCCGAGGAAGUCGAGUACGCGCUAGCAGCAGUCGACUUUGUGGCAACUGAUGGCUGGAAGUUUUUGCCGCAGUACAAGUUUAACCACAAGAGUGGUGUGUGGAAGCACUGGACUCGCUUCACUAAGUUCCCGGAUCGAAAGUGGAUCUCUCACUUUGCCACACCACUGGAGGACAAGACCCGGUCCACGAAGCUCGAUGAGGGUAUCGAGACACUGGCUGCUCAUCGUGCGGGAAACUUGGCUGAGGCGCGUCGAUUGGCGAGCGAAGUGGAUGAGAAGAGCGUUUUGCGUCAUGUGGUUGCAGCGUCUGCAGCACAGAUGCUUGAAGAGGCGGAAGAUGAGGCGCUUCGAUGGUUCGUGUACCCUUCAGAGGCAGUCGAUGCAAUCAAGCAAGGAGAGAAACCUGCUCUGUCAGAGAGUAUCUGUGGCCCCUUCCAGCCCGCUCGCUAUCUCACGGGUGAACUGAUUGACCAGUGGACAGAUGCAUCCACUUGUAGCGCUGUCCCUGUUCCCGUCUGUGGCACGACGACGCGCAGUCUCGCUGCAUCAAGCUCGGCUAAAUCUGUUGAUGGUAGCAGCUGCUUCACAGAGACUAUCGAAGCUGACGGCCGUGAAAAGGGAGGCAAGUAUCCGCUCCGCCGAACAAGUGCCAGUGAGACCGUCGAGACACCUGCUGCUUCGAGGGUUACCGCGAGCUGUAACUUAGGCUCUAGCUCUUGCGAUGUCAAUGGAGUGCGGUCAGCACCAACACGGUCGAUCAGCACGACUGCUGCUACGGUGCAGAAAACGUUGACAGCGGUUACUGAAAAGACAACUGCUACGAAGAUGUUCCCAACACCUCCGAAAAAGCUCGUGCGGUGGGUGGGCCAGGCAAUGAUGCAGUGGAAUAUGAUCCAUGAAGGAGAUCGACUGCUGCUAGGUGUGUCGGGUGGCAAAGAUUCUCUCAGCUUGCUGCACGUGCUGUUGCAUUUCCAAAAGCGCGCUCCCAUCCGCUUCGAACUCGCCUGUGCGACCGUAGACCCGCAGACGCCAUCGUUCGACCCGAGUCCGCUAAAGGCGUACAUGCGUGCGCUGGGCGUGCCUUACUACUAUCUGUCGGAGAACAUCAUUGAGCGUGCAAUGUGUGAAAUGAACGGCGACUCGCUGUGUAGCUACUGCUCGCGCAUGAAGCGCGGCGUUCUGUACACGUGCUGCCGCAAACACGGGUUCAACAAGCUGGUGCUGGCUCAGCACCUGGAUGAUCUUGUGGAGAGCUUUUUCAUGUCGGCAAUGCACAACGGCCAGCUGCGUACGAUGAAAGCGAAGUACUGGAACGACCAGCAGGACGUGGAGGUGCUUCGUCCAUUGGCGUACGUGCGGGAGAUCGAGCUGAAGAAGUUUGCGUACGACUCGUGUUUGCCCGUGAUCAACGAGAACUGUCCCGCUUGUUUCGAGGAACCGAAAGAGCGCCAUCGCGUCAAGAAGAUGCUUGCUCAGGAAGAGAGUCUGUACCCCGAUAUGUACAAUAGUCUACGCCGUGCAAUGCUACCGCUGAUGGAUAACGCCAGCUACGCGCCGCUGGAAGCUGUGCGUGCUCGUGUGGAACAGGCCAAGCAAGAGCGCAAGCGGUCCUCUUCGAGCAAAGGAGUGGGCAAAAGUAAUCUCACGGUGAAGAGUCUGCCAGCGACGACCUCGAGCAGCUCUAUUGCGAAGCAGACGAGUGAGAGUGGUGCAACACGUGCAGAGUCAUUGGUGCAGCAGCAAGUGGUUGUACAUGUACAAGACAAUCGACGAUAG